AUGGUCAUAACCUGGAAUCAAAACGCGCUACGGGCAGACUUUUGUCAUGCAUUGUCAGAAAUGUACAAGAGUGAGGUUCCACUUUACGGUGACCUGAUCGAUGUUGUCUGGGAGGCGGAUGCACAAACAGUACGGGCGAGUGAGACGCUAGGAGGAGCCAAAGCUAUCAAUCCAGAUGACGUCUUGCCUUCUCGCCAUCGAGUAGAAAGGCAUGGCGCCAUCAGACUGGGGACGGCAUAUGAGUUGAGUACGAUACGUCGCAUGUUUUCAGUCAUGGGCAUGUAUCCAGUGGGAUACUAUGACCUGAGCAUCGCUGGCUUCCCUAUGCAUGCUACAGCGUUUCGGCCGAAAACACAGGAUGCAUUGUCACAACAUCCAUUUCGGGUCUUCACCACAGUCCUGCGCAUGGAACUUUUGACGGAAAAGACGCGGAAACUAGCACAGAAAGCAUUGGCACAGCGAAAGAUCUUCACGCCCAGACUUCUCGAGCUUCUAGACCUGGUCGAGAAGAAUGGUGCCUUGACGCCGGCUGAGUGCGCCGAGUUUAUUCAAAAUGGACUAGAAACAUUUCGCUGGCACUCAAAAGCGACGGUCACUCUUGAUGAAUACAUGCAGCUCAAAGCUGAACAUCCCCUUAUCGCCGAUGUCGUCUCAUUCCCCAGUUCACAUAUUAAUCAUUUGACACCUCGCACGAUCAACAUCGAUCUCGUUCAGGAGCUGAUGGUGAACCAAGGGAUGCCAGCGAAAGAACGAAUAGAGGGGCCUCCCAAACGAAGGUGCCCUAUCCUUCUCCGGCAGACAAGCUUCAAGGCGUUGGAAGAAACAGUCUACUUCCGAGAUACCCUCGAUCGCCACAGGAAAGGAUCUCAUACCGCACGUUUUGGAGAAGUGGAGCAGCGAGGGUAUGCUCUGACACGAAAGGGUCGUCAGUUGUACGACCGGAUUCUAGACCAGGUCAAUGGUGACGCCACAAAGAACAAUCUCAAGGGAGGCGAUUAUGAUAAGGUUUUAGAAAGCCAUUUCAGGGCAUUCCCCGAUAGCUUGUCGGAACUUCGCGACCAGAACCUAGCCUAUUUCUGCUAUCGGGUUACCUCGACCGGCGAAAAGCUCGCAGAAGAUGGCGCAGUUCUGUCAAAAUUCGGGGGAAAAACAUCAGCCCAACAGCUUCUAGACCAGGACAUUUUGGCCUAUGAGCCUCUUACUUACGAAGACUUUUUGCCACUUUCUGCGGGAGGCAUCUUUAAUUCCAAUCUGGGUAAUGUCUGUCUGUCAAAACAACUUAUUAUGAGCGCGGAGCCGGACCUGGAUGGGUUCCAGCGUUGUUUGGGGACCUGCGUCGCGGAUGAAUUCCAUCUUUACUUUGAGAUGCAAAAGGAGUCUAUUCAACGUUGUGAAAAUCAGCUUGGUUUGGAGAUUGUUGUCUAA